GUGGCUCUAAUGAAAAUUCAGCCCUCAGUCACAGUCGACGAGUUCCGCUGUAAACACAACAACCGCUACAAUGACUGAGUCGGGUUCAAAGUUAAGAAUAUUUAAGAUUUUAAAGAUAAUUAUUAGCAGCUUGCUUAUUACAGUCCUUUUGUUAUUUACAAUAGCGGCUAUCAGGACUCUUUCACUGGACGUUAACGCCGGACUUCAACUCGCACACUGGGAAAAGACGAAUAACAAAUCGCUCGUCAUUGACCACCAUCAGAGAGAGGAGCUCCUUGCAAAUUUUAAAGAGGCAAUCCGCAUCCCCACCGUGUCAUUCUCAAGAACGGAAAUCAACACCACUGCGCUGCUUGAAUUUGACAGAUUCCUCCGAAAAGCCUUCCCUACAGUUUUCUCUUCUAGCUUGGUUCAUCAUGAAUUGGUGGCAAACUACAGCCACUUGUUUUGGGUGAAAGGAUCACAGCCUGAACUGGUGCCAUACAUGCUGCUGGCCCACAUUGAUGUAGUACCUGCUUCAGAGUCAGAUGGUUGGGAAGCACCGCCAUUUUCUGCAAAGGAGAUCGAUGGCUUCAUCUACGGCAGAGGAACAAUAGAUGACAAAAACUCUCUAAUGGGAAUACUUCAGGCGCUGGAGUACUUGCUGUUAAAGGGCUAUGCUCCACGCAGGGGAUUUUACAUCGGUCUUGGUCAUGAUGAAGAAAUCAGUGGUCUCAAUGGAGCGAUGAACAUAGUGCGUGUUCUGAAGCAACGUGGUGUCCAGCUGUUGUUUGUCAUGGAUGAGGGCCUGACUAUAUUUGAUGGAAUCAUUCCUGGUCUUGAAGGACCUGCUGCUCUAAUCGGGUUAAGUGAAAAAGGCCAGGCCACUGUAAAGCUUAGUGUGUCUGUGGCCCCUGGUCACUCCUCGAUGCCUCCCAGGGAAACUAGCAUUGGGAUCUUAGCCACAGCAGUCAAAAGACUAGAGGACAACCCAAUGCCGAGGUUAUUUGGUUAUGGCCCUGAAGGUGACACUUUUGAGCAUCUGGCCCACAAGUUCAGUUUCCCACUAAAGUUCAUAAUGUCGAAUUUGUGGCUCUUCUCUCCGCUCCUUAGCAGGAUACUUGAAAGAAAACCAGUAUCUAAUGCAUUUGUAAGGACUACCACAGCAGUCACCUUUUUUAAUGCAGGAGUAAAGAUAAAUGUUAUUCCUUCCCUUGCUGAAGCUUAUGUAAAUCUACGAAUUCACUCAGCGCAAUCGGUAGAAGAGGUACUGGACAUCAUCAAAGAUACAGUUGGUGAUCAGCGAGUGAAGGUAGAACUUGUUUAUGGAUUUGACCCUCUACCCAUCAGCGGUGCUGAUGAGAAGGCCUUUGGCUUCCAAAUUAUUAAGAAAACGGUGUUGGACCUGUUUCCAACAGUUACAGUUGCUCCAGCUAUCUGUGUUGGAAACACAGACAGUCGACACUUCAUUGACCUGACCAAAAAUAUUUAUCGGUUUUCCCCGGCUUGGUUUAAGCCAGGUGACCUUGAGAGAUUCCAUGGCAUCAAUGAAAGGAUUUCCACUAAGAACUACGAGGAGAUGAUCGUUUUUUACUUCAAUUUGAUCCAGAACUGUGACAUUAGGAAGCUCCCUGAGCCCCACAGCUCGGUCCAUGAACUCUAAGCAAUUGACAACAUUGGUGAUAAGAUAAACACAUGAAUAGCAUACAAAAUGCACGGAUACUGCACUAAAUAACUUUUGCAUUAUAGAAUUAGACACUACAAUUUUGCUAAUUUCAAAGUGGGAUGUACUUUUAUCUUUUAUGUGGACUACUGACACUUUUCAGUGAUAUGUGACUAGAUAGAGCACUGACCUUUCUGCAGUAAAAUCACUGUGAAUGCGCUAUCUAGAAUUUUGCAUUCAAGAUUAAGUUUUGGUGCUAUAUGCAGACUGAUGUACUAUUUUUUUCCUGAACUUUGUGGUGGUAUAAUAUGAUACAAUUAACCAAUUAUUAUAUAUUUUUCUUUGUGGGACAGUGAUAGUAGUGCAGUCAUAAAGAUACAUUUCAUGGCUUUUUGAUUUGGACUGCUCAUAAUGAAUGGUACAAAUGGCAGCACUACCUACAGGGAUGCUUAACUUGAAUCAAACACUGGACUUCAUGUUCAAAGAAUGCUGUGUUUUACUGGCUGACUCAUUAAAAUGAUUCCAGAUUUGUAAAUGUGAUUGAGUCUGUGCACAAUUUUAGAUGGGGUGUUGUCGUCAACCCGAGUCUUGUGUCACCUAGGAUUUUCAAAAUUAUUCCAUACUUGCAUGUACUAAAAAUCUCAGAUGAGUCUGAAUCCUGGCCAGUUUGGCCUAACAGAAUUUUCUAUAAAAUUUUAUAAUGAAGCACAAAAUGAAAUUCCCUUUUAAAUGUGUACUAUAUACAGUACAUAUGAGCAAUUUUACCACAGGUUCAUUUUUAAAAAAAUGUCUUUUUAAGAAUAAAUAACAUUUCUGAAAAUGUGUCAGCCUUAUCCAAGUAGGAAAUUUUUACUUACAAUAAAAAUGGCUUUAAUGUAGAGCAAAGCAGACAAGAGGAUAGAAAGUUAAGCAGUUAUUAAUUGAAGCAAAUGACACACAAGUGGUUUUGCACAAAAUUGCAUAUUACCUUCGACAGAUGGAACAUAAUGACCUUCAAAGUUAAACUGUCCAAAUGUGACAUAACAUUAUAGUGACCCAUAUGGUAAUAAAAACAAGCGGAAACCCCAAACUCUGAACAAAUAGUCCAGAGUCUCUAGGGCCAGUCACAGCACUUACAACUUUCUCGAAAGACUAAAUUAGCUGGGCAGUUUUGGAUCCACGUGAUGCCAUUGGCACAGUUGUAAAAAGAACCUGGAGCAUCAGGUUUGGCAUAGAGCCCACCAAUUUUUGUAGCACAGAA